AUGAAGUUUUUAGAAAAACAUUGCCCAGAGCAUCGUACUGCCCUCACCAGCUUGUCUUCUUCCCAUGGUGCUGUCUGUCCCCCAGAUCCCCCGUGUAAGAGUGAGGUGGAGGAGGACAUUCCAGGAGAUGUCACCACAGAGAAUUCCAGUAAAAAUAUUAAGAGCAAAGCUAUAUUAUCACUAAAUUAUAAAGAAGAAGAUGAUGUCCUGCAGCACUCCUCAGGAGAAAACCUAAUUACCAUUAAUGUGCACCCAGGAUUUCACAGCACAGAUCUGUCAUAUAAUCCCCCUCACCAUGAGGAAUCUUUUACUGACCAAUCACAGAUUGUUCCCGCAAGUACAAGUCAGAAAGGGGAUAAAAGGUUUCAGGGUGGUAAAGAUUCUACAGAACAAUCAAGACUUUCUACACACAGAAUUCACACAGCAGAGCAGAAAUGUGGGAAAGGCUUUACAGAUAAAUCAAAACUUGUUACACAUAAGAGAAUUCAUACAGGAGAGAAACCAUAUUCAUGUUCAGAAUGUGGGAAAUGUUUUACAUAUAAAUCAGAUCUUGUUAAACAUAAGAGAAUUCACACAAGAAAGAAACCAUAUUUAUGUUCAGAAUGUGGGAAAUGUUAUACAAGUAAAUCAUAUCUUGUUAAACAUAAUAGAAUUCACACAGGAGAGAAGCCAUAUUCAUGUUCAGAAUGUGGGAAAUGUUUUACAUAUAAAUCCAGUCUUGUUAAACAUGAGAGAAUUCACACAGGAGAGAGGCCAUAUUCAUGUUCAGAAUGUGGGAAAUGUUUUACAUAUAAAUCAAAACUUGUUAUACAUGAGAGAAUUCACACAGGAGAGAAGCCGUAUUCAUGUUCAGAAUGUGAGAAAAGUUUUACAGAUAAAUCAAAACUUGUUACACAUAAGAAAAUUCACACAGGAGAGAAACCAUAUUCGUGUUCAGAAUGUGAGAAAUGCUUUACAGAUAAAUCAAAACUUAUUACACAUAAGAGAAUUCACACAGGAGAGAAACCAUAUUCAUGUUCAGAAUGUGGGAAAUGUUUUACAUAUAAAUCAGAUCUUGUUAAACAUAAGAGAAUUCACACAGGAGAGAAACCAUAUUCAUGUUCAGAAUGUGGGAAAUGUUUUACAUAUAAAUCAAUUCUUAUUAAACAUGAGAGAAUUCACACAGGAGAGAGGCCAUAUUCAUGUUCAGAAUGUGAUAAAUGUUUUACAGAUAAAUCAAAACUUGUUACACAUAAGAGAAAUCACACAGGAGAGAAGCCGUAUUCUUGUUCAGAAUGUGAGAAAUGUUUUACAGAUAAAUCAGAUCUUGUUACACAUAAGAGAAUUCACACAGGAGAGAGACCAUAUUCAUGUUCAGAAUGUGAGAAAUGUUUUACUACUAAACAGAAACUUAAGAAGCACCAUAGAAUUCACACAGGAGAGAGGCCAUAUUUAUGUUCAGAGUGUGAGAAAUGUUUUACUACUAAAGAUAAACUUAAGAAGCACCAAAGAAUUCAUACAGGAGAGAUGCCAUAUUCAUGUUCAGAGUGUGAGAAAUGUUUUUCUACUAAAGAGAAACUUAAGAAGCAUCAGAUAAUUCACACAGAAGAAAAGCUGUUUUGACGGAGGAGAAACUUUGGGCUUUAAACAUGGAUUUAAAAUUAUAUUUUUUAAUAUGGGAAAUGUUAUAAGAUCAAAAAAGAAUUUUAAACCAAUGCUAUUCACAGACUAGUAGUGCAGCACUGCGGGAGAGUCCAGAGUGCCAUGGGGCGAAGUAACGACGCUCUAUUUAAUAGUUUUAUAUUGUAUAUGGACAUAUUAAUAUUUCAUCUUCAUCCAAACAGUAUUUACAGAUAAAAAAAAAUCUUCCAUUUGCUCCAC